AUGCAGGAUCCUGGUGAGGACUACGCAGGUGGCAGAACAGGUUUUGACGAAGGCGGCGAGGAUGGGCAGCAUAGGCCUCAAGCUGGCGAUGCCCAGGCUAGCUCUCAGAGUUUGGCGACUGAGAGUGACCACGACAACUCCCCUCGUGAGAGUCGCCCACAAGAUGCCGGCAGUCAGGCUGCUCCAGGCAGCUCCAGCCCAGGGAGUGCUGUAGGGUCUGGAGUGUCAGCUGAAGAGGCAGCCGUCAUUGCCCAGGAGCAGGCACCACUUCUCCCUGGACCCAGGGGAAAUACUGCAUCAACAACUGCAAGUCGACUCCUGGAGUUCUCUGUGAGAGUGCCUUUCUCUUCUGCUGUGGAGGCAGACACGGCCCGCAGGUCCCUGGUCGCCAAUGCCCAGCGUCAGCUCUUAAUGGUUCCGCAGGAGUACACUGUGAAUGACAGUAUCUUAGCUGUUAGGUGGACUACAGAAGACCCUGUUCUCUUCCGAAUUUCCAUCAAUAACUUCCUUGAUCAACUCUCCCUGGUCAUGAGAAACAUUCAACACCUUCAGUUUGUGGCUUUUAAACGAAGAAGAGAAAGAAGUCAUAAUAACUGA